AAGGUGCUGGUAGUAUGGGAGACGAUCCCCAUGAAAGUAACAGUGCGCUUGUAUGGUCCACCUUCACCAGCCGAGCCAGUCGUACGCUCUUCGCCCUGGAGAACGUUGCUCGCGCGAUUCGUUCGCAGAUAAUUGCCACAUAAGUGCCGCGACGUCGUUCUCCUCCAGUGUCAUCGUACAGGUACAAGGUCACGAGUGCAACGGCGAUCGCAUCGUCUCGUCAUUGUGGAUCACGUUAUCAUAAGCAGAUGCACCUGACGCGUAAUGUGUUCAAGCUGAUGAGAAAGACUCCUGAUUUUGAAAACAGGCGAGACACCAAGUCACCAGGAGAUCAGACCGAGCAGUUAACAUGGACUGGGAGAUGCGAGUAGCGUCGCUGAUUCUCUGCUUGGGAAUUCUACUUGCGACGAUACAAAAUGGAAUUGCCGAGCGCAAAAUUGUUUGUUACUACACAAAUUGGUCGGUGUACCGACCUGGUACAGCGAAAUUUUCUCCUCAAAAUAUAAAUCCGUACCUUUGUACUCACCUAAUCUAUGCGUUUGGAGGUUUUACAAAGGAUAAUGCGUUAAAACCGUUCGACAAAUAUCAAGAUAUCGAGAAAGGCGGAUACGCGAAGUUUACAGGUCUGAAGACUUACAAUAAGAAUCUGAAGACGAUGCUGGCGAUCGGCGGCUGGAACGAAGGCUCCAGCAGAUUUUCACCGAUGGUGGCCGAUUCUGAGAGACGGCGAGAGUUUGUCAAGAACGCCGUCAAAUUCCUCAGGCAAAAUCAUUUCGACGGCCUCGAUCUCGACUGGGAGUAUCCGGCGUUUAGAGAUGGCGGGAAACCGCGAGAUAAGGAUAAUUAUGCCAACCUGGUACAGGAACUUUACGAGGAAUUCGAACGAGAGUCUUCAAAGACUGGAAGACCGAGGCUGCUGUUAUCGAUGGCGAUGCCUGCUGGAAUCGAAUACAUAGACAAGGGUUACGACGUACCUAGACUAAACGAGUAUUUGGACUUCGUCAAUCUACUCUCUUACGAUUAUCAUUCGGCGUAUGAGCCCGCUGUCAAUCACCACUCGCCGUUGUAUCCUCUGGAAGAGGACAACGAAUACAAUUAUGACGCCGAGUUAACUAUUGAUUACACGAUCAGUCAUCUCCUGGGGAAAGGUGCAUCCGCGGACAAGAUCAUUCUUGGAAUACCUACGUACGGUCGCUCGUACACAUUGUUUAACCAGGAGGCAACCGAACUCGGAUCGCCAGCGGACGGUCCGGGUAUCGAAGGAGAGGCCACUCGAGAGAAAGGCUAUCUUGCCUAUUAUGAGAUUUGCGAGAAUGUAGCGGAAUCCGAUGAGUGGGAAGUCGUUCAACCGAAUCCUAAAGCCAUGGGACCAUACGCGUUUAAUGGAAAUCAGUGGGUGGGAUACGAUGAUGAAGACAUAGUUAAAUUGAAAGCUCGAUAUGUGAACGAGAAGAAAUUGGGAGGCAUCAUGUUUUGGUCGGUAGACAAUGACGAUUUCCGUGGCAAGUGCCACGGUCGACCUUAUCCAUUAAUCGAAGCUGCUAAGGAAGCUUUACUUACGGAUAAUAGUAGGAAUACGAUCGAGAAUACAAAGUCAGUGGAGAGUCGGAAAAAGAUUCGCACUCAAGGUAUUCAGAGCAAUGUUCGUAAGUAUAGCCAAAGAAGUAGCACCACGUCGGCUCCGAUCACCAGCAGACGUGCGUCCUCUUCAAGAUUAAAGUACCGCAAUAUUUCGAAAUCGAAAACGAAUGACGAAGACGAAGAAGAUCGGGAUGUAGCAAGGAGAUCAUACGAUCCGUCACCAGACGAGGAAAUAGAGGGUAGGAACUCUGUCAGAGUUACGGAGAAGACCGAGAGACCGAAGAACCGGCACAGAAGCAAAACGCGAUCCAGCGAUCAUACCUCUCGUAGAAAACAAUCCAGACGUAAAGAACAAAGCAAGACUGACGAGAACGAGGAAUCCUUGAGUAACAAAUUGACGACUCCUGAACCGCCGACCACUCCCGAUCCAGGAACCGACUUUAAAUGCGAGGACGAAGGUUUCUUCCCGCAUCCUCGAGACUGUAAGAAAUACUUCUGGUGUCUCGAUAGUGGUCCAAGUGGACUUGGCGUAGUUGCUCAUCAAUUCACCUGCCCUUCAGGUUUGGUGUUCAAUAAGGCGGCGGAUUCUUGUGAUUACCCGCGCAAUGUGAUUUGUCCUAAAACGUCGAAGACGUCAGUCGUCUCGACCACUAAAUCACCUAUCACAGCCGCGACCAGUCGAACGACUUACUUACACAGCACAACGACUGCGAAGGCCGAAUCGGAAGAAUACGAUUCGGAAGAAGAAGAUUACGAGGAGGAUGACAUCGAGGAAACCGAGGAAGAGGAAGUGAAAGAAGAACCGAAAAUCACUACGACAAUGAAACCUCUUGUAUAUAAAACACUCACUAGAAGACCUAGCACGACAACUACUACAAGGACGACGAAACCAAGCGAACCAGAGAGAGCAAGCGAUGGCGAAGACGAGGAAGAUCCGAGGGUGAUCAAGGAAUUGAUCGAUCUCAUCAGAAAAGCUGGCGGAAUAGAACAGCUGGAGAAACAAUUAUUAUUCCAAGAGAAGAAUUCUGGCCUUAAAUCGGACAUUGCAAACGUCACUCCGACUACGAUUAGUCGUAGUUUAUACGAGCGCGUGUUGAAUCGCCAGACAACAAACAAGCUCAGUAAUAAACCCGUAUUAUCAUCUUCGGAAACUAGUUAUGUAAACGGACCGGGAAGAGCACAGUUCGAAGGGUUGGACGAUAUUCCCGAAGUGAAGAAUCUCAGACGGUCGCAGAAACCUCAAUAUGUCACUAUCGAAAGAUCUAAAUCAUCAGUCACAAAAGACACAGAUAACGAAGAUGAGGAAGCUGAGGAUAACACUGACGUAGCUUCUACCGAGGAGGACAGUGUCAGCAAUCCGUUAGAAAGCAGCUCGUCCACACAACGAGUGACGCCAAGUUACGUAAACAUUCGUCGAACGCGACCCUCUACUACGACGUCUAAAACCGAAAACGACGUGGAAGAGAAGGAAGAAGAAGUCGAGGAGGAAAAACCGACUCGCAGACGACGACCCUAUGUCUCGAAGAACUCGAAAAAGGAAAGUGAUUCGGUAGACGUAGAUCUGUCAACGGAGAAAAAUGAUGCUUCAUCAACGAUCAAUUCUAGAUACACCAACGUCCAAAGGUUUAGAGGCAUUGCUUCGAAAAAUUCGGAAAAUUUAUCUAGCGUAUCUCCAUUGGAGAUAACCACUUUGCCAACAAAGCUAGAAGAAUAUUCAGAAGUUCCAUCUAGUACAACAGAUAGUACGACUACUUCAGCGUCGACGACAUCCACGACGGGCGUUUCGACUUCUACCGAAAUCGUCACCGUGAUCAGUGUCGAACCGCCGGAAAAUCCAUCCAGCGUCAGCCCUAAAAUAGAUAAUACCAGUUCUAACACGAGCUCGACGAAACUGGAAGAAGAUUCGGUAACGGAAAUCUUGAUUACGACACUGCCAGAGAUCACCUCGUCGACGACAAAGACGACGACAGCGUCUGCGGGUAGGUCAACGAUUGCCGCGGUUUCGCAGCCGCGACCAUUUGGUUUUACCAGACGAAGAUUUAGCUCAUCAGAAGCAACGACGACAACGAGCGCUCCGUUAAAUAGAUCCAAGGUCGCCGAUUCGAAAACUAUCAGAUUGCCGACCCUGAAGGAACUGAUUGGUUAUCCAACGACUUACUACUACGAUCGUAUCGCUACGACACCGUCGUCCGCACUCUUGCAUUUGCUGCGUAACGAUGUGGACAACGACAUUAGCCAGCAGAACGUCGAAAAAAUUUCGUUCCAAGGAACGAACGAGUCACAAAGUGGCGAAAGAGAGGAAUCAGCGAGAGACAUAAUCGGAGAGGAAACCGGCGACUGGUGGCUGCAAAACAAAGCGAGAUCUCGCAUUUCGAAGAAAAUAGAUAUCACUCUCGAGGAAGCUCAAAACACAAGUACCCCUGUUAUUCAGGAAGAUGAGGAUGGGCGAAGGGAAUCUUCGACCUCGAUGUAUCUAAGGCCGACAACGAUGCGCGGUAUUCCUCCUGUCAGUUUGACUUCCACCCCGCGGAUACGUGGCUUCUACAUCACUAAAAGCGAGGACGAUUUACCAUCGUCGACAUUGACGGUUGACUUUACGUCACCUUACACGACGAUCGACAGUUCUAUCGAACAGCAGACAGAAAUCGCUUCGACUCCCGGCAUUUCUGCGACCGAGGAGACCGUCAGUUUCAUUCACAAUAAUCAGAACAAAUCAGAAAUCAACGAUAAUAUGAAUGAUGUCGUAACCGACGAAGUUGUCACUCGUAAUGAACUAGAACUCGAUGCUUUCAACGCCAAUGUAAGUGAUAUUAUUAAAAGCAAAGGCGAUAAACAUGAAGAGAACUCUUCUACGUUCGGUCCUUUGGUAACCUUUUCGGAAAAUUCGGACAGUGUCGAGAAUUCUUCGAUUUAUACAGAACCUACGGUUACAAUUCCGAUCAAUAAAUCUGUUGAAAAUAAAAGAGAAACAUCGCUACGUAAUUUUGGUUAUAAUUCGUCAUCUCUUUCUGAUGUUUACGCCAUUGGGCCAACAACAUCGACAAGACGAAAAAUCGCUAUCGCCCUGAACAGAUACAACAAGGCUAGCACUCCGUUGUGGACGGGUAAACGUAUAGUGCCCAAAAAACGAAACAGGACUGCUAUUUUAUCAAAGUCGAUCAAAGAAGCCGAGAGACGAGUCGAUGAGACUACUUUUCCUCUCAUUACAACAGAUACCUUCAAAAACGCUUCCGCAACCUCUGAGAUUCCUUCGACAUUGAUUUCGACAAAUAAUAAACUUGAUGCGAUUUCAACAGUGCCGACAACAUUAAUUGCAUCCGAAUCUACGACGUCUGCCGAAAUGUUAGAUGUUUAUCGCGAUAUUGCGUAUUCAACUGAUUCAACUGAUGAUUUACAGACCGAAGAUCCGAAUGAUCGCACGAAUGCAGAAGCAACGAUUACUUUAUUAACUAAUAUUAAUUCAGUAAUUGCAACGACUCCUUCAAUCUCAGAAAUCACUUCAAUAACGAAUGAUUCUACAGUUAUUUCGACGAUCUCUGACGAUUCUACAAGCGUAACUACGAUGGCUUCCGCAAACGAAUCUAUAAUUGUGGUCACACCAUCAUCGAUUGUUGCAAAGACUCCCGUAGUUGCAAACGAUCAGGCCACAAUCACGACUAAAUCUAUGAUUAAGAGCACUGCAAUUGAAAUUCCAGUUUCCACGACUGCAAAUUAUUCCGUAGCCGCUGUUCCAACAAUCGCGAGCACGCAGGCAAUCGCAAAUGAUUCUGCAAUUACACCCGCGACUACGACUAUCGGCGUUGAAAUCACUUCCCCAAUCGCAAAUUGUUCGACUGACUUUGCAAAUAUGAUUAUACCCGCGACCAUAAACGCCGAAGUUGAAGCUACUUCAGCAAUUACAAAUUAUUCCGUGACUGCUAUUCCGAUAAAUACAAGUACGAACGCAAUUGUGACGGAUUCUGCAGUUACGACUGCACCCGCAAUUACAAUUAACACAGAAAUCGAAACUUCAACAGUCGCAGAUCCCGCAGUGACGAUUUCAACAGCUAUAAAUACGCAAGAAAUUGAUCCUACGACCAUAACUACGUCUGCAACUACAGGCACCGAAGCUGAAACUACGAUUACAAAUCUUCAUGUUUUCGUUAAUACAGCAACUACGAUGAUUCCUACUACCAGUACCUUACCGUCAACAAUUAUCUCUUCCACGGAUGAUAGAGAUGUUACUGAACCUGCGACGAGUAAUAUACCGGAUGUAGAUACCAUAACUAUGACAGAUAUGUCAACUACGACUACACCUACAACUGUAGUCACUUCGACGAUUAGUGAUCUUAAUUUAAUUACGUCUGCAAAUGCAAACGAUCCUUCUACUUUCGCAGUCACUGACACAUCGACAAUUCCAAGUUUACCUAUCACCAAUUCUGUAAUUCUGUCCAAAGAUUCCGUUACAAGCGCAGAUGAAGCCUCAGCAAGUUUAACUGCGACGAGUAAUAUACCGGAUGUAGAUACCAUAACUAUGACAGAUAUGUCAACUACGACUACACCUACAACUGUAGUCACUUCGACGAUUAGUGAUCUUAAUUUAAUUACGUCUGCAAACGCAAACGAUCCUUCUACUUUCGCAGUCACUGACACAUCGACAAUUCCAAGUUUACCUAUCACCAAUUCUGUAAUUCUGUCCAAAGAUUCCGUUACAAGCGCAGAUGAAGCCUCAGCAAGUUCAACUGUGCCCACAACUUUAAUCGAAUCUACCACGGCACAUUUCAAUUCAAAUGUUUUUAAUAUUAGCAACACUUCCGAAGUAUCAGCCAUCACGGCAACUGCAAAGUCGGUUCAAACUACUGAAAUUCCUACAACGUUCGAAACUUCCCCAAUAUUUACCUCGAUUUCAAGAUCCCUUUCUAGCACCAAUUCCGCGACGUUGUCGACCACCGCUUUCUCGGAAACGAGCGAGAAUUUCGUGGCAUCAAUGGUUACGCAAAAUCCCUCGACUCUUUUUUCAACUAUAACUCCGGUUACUAAUAUAGCUGUAGAAAAUGCAACGCUUUCCGCGAUUUAUGACUCGAUCGCGACAAACACUAUAAUUCAAACCACGGGUGUUUAUAAAUCGAAUUCUGUGCAAACGACGAGUGAAAAGCCUACGACUCCGAAAAUAAAAAUAACUUCCGAGGAAACCGCUUCAAAAACUAUUCAAAAUCGAGAAGAUAAAACUUCGAAACUGAAUGAUCAAUUAGGUCAGAAGAGCGUUAGACGUCGCGUCAUAAAUCGAACGAACAACUGGAUCGGAAGACCUGUAGUACAGCAAACAAUCAAUCAAUAUCCUCCACAUCGAGCUACGGUGUAUCGUGAGCGACUCCAAAGACCUCCUGGUUAUACUUCGAGAGUGAUCGAGGAAAAUCGCAGAAGAAGAAUCGUUCAGAGGAGAAUGAGAGUUAACUUUGAACCGAUCAGUAGUACUACCAGACCCGAUGAGAAUGUCAUGGUUGUUCAAAAUAUCACUGAGAACUACGUUCAAAAUAUCACUGAGAACCACGUUCCAUAUCAUCGAGCAAGGAAUACGAGAAAAAGAAUGAAAAUUGUAUCAAAGAGAGUCAGGGAAAGACCCGAGGAAAAGGAAAUCACUACUUUACGAGAAACGACAUCACUUUCUCAAGCUACCGUUACUGACAAUAAGACUGAAGCGACUCAGCAUGAGAAAGUUCAUCAUGAAAAUGGAAAUGUCGAAAGAAAAUGGAAAUUUUUACUAAGAAGAAUAAAACCUCAGUCCCAGGAAAACCUUGCAGCGGAUGAAACCAGUGCGAAUUUUAAUUCUGUUAAUGAAAGUCUUACAAGUAAUUUUCAAAAUAAUUUUCGUAUGAGCAAGAAUCUUUCUGAACAAAAAAACAGGAGAGGAAGAACGAGAGUUGUAUUGAAGAGCAUUAGACCUAAAUCCGAAGAAAGGAGUCCAAUCGAAGGAGCGAGAGGAAAUCCUGAUUUGAAAAAAUUUCAAGGCAAUUUUCCGACAAAUUUUCAUGCGAAUAAGAAUUCUUCUGAAAAAGGAAGAAGAAUGAAAGUUUUACUGAAGAGAGUUCGGCCUAAAUCUAAGGAAAAUAAUUCCACAAUUGAGGAAACAAAUGGAAAUGAAAAUCUUCAAAAUAAUCUUAGCACGAGGGAAAAUUUUCCUGACGAGAAAAAGAUAAGAAGAGGAAUGAGAGUUGUGUUAAAGAGAGUUAGACCUAAAUUCGAAGAAGAGAAAGUGAAGAUUAAAGAAGCCAAUGCAGAUGUUGAUUCCACGAAUGCAAAUCUUCAAGGCGCUUUAUUAAAUUUUAGAGGCGGUAGAAAUUUUCCCAUCGAAUAUAACACCAGAAGAACAACGAGAGUUGUAUUAAGGAAUGUCAAGCCUAAAUUCGAGGAAAAUAAUUCAACAAUUAAAAAGACGGAUUCUGAUUCUACUAAUAAAGAUCUUCAAAGUAGUUUUUCAAACAAUUUUUAUACAAAUGUCGAUCUUUCCGACGAAGAGGAGACAAGAAAAUUCAAGUCCGAGGAAAAAGAUUCGAUAGCCGAAGAAACAAGUGCUCAUUUUGACUUUACUGAUAAAAAUGUUUCAAGUAACUUUUCUAAUCGAGAAAAAAUAGCAACAUAUUUUAAACAUGGAAAAAAGGAAGCUACAGUCGAACGGCUGGAAGACAUCGAGGAGCAACAAACGACGGAGACGUUUGUUUUGGCCGAGCAGGAUACUGAUCAGCCCUCGCUUGAGAUAAAUUCCUCAAAGAAUGGUGGAUCGGUCAAUCGCAAAUUAGGACACGCUAUUAGACACAGAAAACCGUCGACGACGCCCGCUCCGUUAAUCAACUCCUUUCCAAGCACCGUGGCUAUUUAUCGAAACGGUAGACCAAUUGAAACUACCUUUUCAUCGAGAGUAGACCUCGUCGAUGCAUUCGAGGAUACCAGAUCGACUGUCAUGCAAGACGAUCAAAAGCCGGAUGUGUCCGAUCAAAGCAUCCGCGCCCAAGAAUUCGCGGUGACUUUAGCUGACCCACCGCUAUCGUCGUCAUCGGACACUGGUCGAACGGUGUUAAGGGACGCCGCAAGGCGCAAGAUAAGCACUACCGUAGCGCCUAGAACAGAUCCGAACACGAUUGACAGGACGAUUUCGAGAUACGAUGCGGACUUCAGGAACCGUCAGAGACCCAAGACGCAAAGUACACGACCUAUAGUGAAUACUACCACGAGACCCAGAAGACCGUCGGUGCUCGACUACGAUUAUUACGAAGAUGACGUGCCGAUCGUUAGCGGCAAGUCUUUCCUCAAUAGCAAGCUCUUCCUCACGAGUAAGGGUACUAUACGUUGCUUGGACCAAGGCAACUUUCCGCAUCCUUACUCGUGUAAGAAGUUUAUCACUUGUACGCGUAUGCUAAACGGCCAGAUAAUCGGGACCGAGUACACCUGCCCCGAUAAGCUGACCUUCGAUCCGGUCGGUGGUAUCUGCAAUUGGUCCGCCGGUCUCGGUUGCAAUAAUUGAUCGAUUCUCCUUAAUUCACUCGACAGUCUCUAACGUAAAAAAAUUAUCUCAGAUUUGAUUGCACUUGAUGUCACUUAGAGCUUUCUUUGUUCGGAUAAAUCCAUUUAACUAUUCAAAACACACACUAUUAAAAAAAAUAAAUAAAA